AUGGAAGAGGAACGACUAACACCUUAUUUAUUAUUUUGUAUCAGUACAAUUGCUAUAGCAUCAUUUCAGGAUGGUUUUCAAAUUGGAUGUAUAAAUGCGCCCGGGCCGGUAAGAACUAAUUUACGGAAUCUAACUAAAGAAAACCUGAAGUUUUAGCUGAUUAUUGAGUUUAUCAAAGAUUCACAUUUUUCACUAUUCGAAACAAUUUUAACAAAAGAAACAGCUGAUAUAAUAUGGUCAGUGGCAGUUUCAAUGUUUUCUGUUGGUGGAAUGCUUGGAAGUUUAGUAUCAGGAAUUUUGGCAGAUAAAUUUGGUAGACGAUCCACCCUCCUUUACAAUAAUAUCAUCGCUCUUAUUGCUGCUAGUCUUCUCACAACCUCAAAGUAUUUGAAUUUAUAUCCACUCAUAGUUAUUGGAAGAUUUUGUGUUGGCCUGAAUUGUGGGAUCACAUCUGGACUUGUUCCGAUGUAUCUAACUGAACUUGCACCUGCGAACUUGCGUGGGAAGUGUGGAUCUUUUCAUCAAUUGAAUAUUUCGAUUGCCAUAGUUUUCUCGCAAGCUUUAGGGCUUCCAUAUAUUUUUGGGACACCUGAGAGAUGGCCGCUGAUUUUUGGAUUUAUCGCGAUUCCUGCGAUUUUGCAGUCAUUUUUGAUUUUGUUCUGUGCUGAAUCACCAAAGUGAGUUUUGAGAAAAAUAAAUUUUUUUGAAUGAAAAAACAAUUCACUUUAUUAUCAAAGUAAAAAAAUUUGGCAAAAAAAGAGAAUCCAGAAAUUCAAAUCCCAAUUUCCCCAAGUACGGUAUUCCUCUGCGUCACUAACACCGUUUCGAGACCACACCAUUGGGCAGAGAAACAAAGUCAAAGACGCACAUAUGGGUCUCGCAGCGAUUGAAAGAAACACCGUACUUGGGAAGAGUGUCGUUUGAAUUUCUGGGCUCCGUUUUUUUGCCAAAAUUUUUUAUUUUGAUAAUAGGUUCCUGAUCAGCCAUAAACACAAUCGAGGAGGUGCUCGACGUGCUUUGGUCAGACUUCGAAGUCAUGAAAACGUCGAUGAAGAAUUGAAUAACAUGAUAACGGAAGCGAAAAAACCGCACACCGAUGUUAGCUUCCUCACACUUUUCCAAUCUCCAAAUCUCUGGCCAAUGAUUGUCUCGAUUUGUAUGAUGAUGAGUCAACAAUUCAGUGGAAUUUCCAGUGUCACUUUCUAUUCAACUUUGAUUUUCAAAAGAAAUGGUUUCACUGGAAACUGGCCGCUUUAUGCCACUCUAAGUUUUGGUAAGAAUUGGAGCACUACGAUUCAGAAAAUUUUGAAAUACUUUAGGCUGCGCAAAAUUGGUUACCACAGUGAUUUGUCUUUUUAUGAUCGAUCAUCCGAGGUUCGGAAGAAAACCACUUCACCUUUUCGGAUUGAUUGCCAUGUUUUUCUGCUCGAUUCUAAUUGUGAUAACUUUGACUCUAACAAAUGAUGGAUAUGCUUGGGCAAGUUAUGCAAACAUUUUCUGCAUCUUGAUGUUUGUAUGCUUUUUCGCAUUUGGCCCAGGGCCAAUUCCUUGGUUCUUCACCUCUGAAGUUUUCGACUCAACUUUAAGAUCAAAAGCAGCAUCGGUCUCAGCAACAACAAAUUGGUUGUCUAAUUGGAUAGUUGGGCUAACUUUCCUUCCAAUAAAUGUGAGUUUUCUUUUCUGACAUUAGAACAAUGAAAAUUUAUUUUAUUUUUUUUCAGAAUAUAAUUCAUCAAUACGCCUUUCUUAUGUUCACAUGUGCCUUGGCGUUUUUCAUAUUUUUCACAUGGAAAUUUGUGCCGGAAACAAAAGGAAAAACGCCUGCUGAAAUUCAAAAAGAGAUGUGUAAAAAUAAAUAA